GGAGAGAUUAACAUGGAGAGCAGAGGAAUUCAGCUCAUUACAGACUGGUGCUAUUAGUGAAACUACUUCUCCUGUCUCAUCCUGAUGGGGGGUAACCAAGUCGACCAUCUCCACCAUGGGCUGCAGGCAGAGUGCAAACCCGAAGGCAAAUUUUUACAAAAACAUCAAAGUCCUUGAACUAAACACGUCUAUCGAUUCUGAACCUACAAUCAUUGAUGAAUUAUCUGAUGUGGUACUGAAAUACCGUACACCCUACUUCAGAGCUGUUGCUCAGGUGCAGGUGCCACCGGUGGUCUGCAAGGAGGUCUGGACUGUGGGCUGGAUCCAGGCAUGCAACCAAAUGAAAUUCCUCAAUUACUAUUGCAAGGAAGGUCUAUCGAGCUGGGAGCUUCCUGACCUGAGAGAUGGUCACAUCCAGGCCAUAAGUGACUCAGAUGGGCUGAUUUAUCCAUGGUAUGGCUGCACCACUGAGAUGUACACAAUUGUGGGUCCCACCAAGAGUAGCACCACACUUACUGUGACCAUGAACGACAACUUCAGUCCCAGCGUCACAUGGAGUGUCCCUACCGGAACCAACAAUGUUCACCCAUGCCUGAGCUUCAUCCGUCGGGACCAGCGCUUCACUACAUGGCUUGUGGCCAUGAACGAGACCACAUCAGAUAUGGUGCUGCUCAGGACUAUUCGCUGGAGGAUGCGAAUCACAAUUAAGGUAGAUCCAGUGAAGCCUCUGGGACAGAGGGCCCAUCUGCUAGAGCCUGUCAUUCAGGAACAACCAGAAAUCCUAAAUAGGAAUGAACCCAUCCCACCCAAUGUGUUGGAACAACCCAAUGCCAAUGAUGCCCAGGUGCUCGUUUGGAAGCCAAGACAUGGGGAGCCAGUUGUGGUCGUUCCACCCAAGUGCUGACUGUCCUGUAAAGGUGGCCAAUGUGCAAAGAAG